CACUCUGACGUCCCCACUUUUGUGGCAAACUGAAAUGAGUUUUGGUAAAUACACCAAAGAGCAACGGAGUUGCCAAGAGAAAGUUGCCCUUGUCACUUCGGAGAUGCUUGGCAAAGGACAAAGUGAUGGAAGCGCCUCAGAGACGUCGAGACAAGUUUUACAAAGUACACUCCCAGUGGACAGUGCAGAAAGGAAGGGCCCGAAAGUGGGGGGCCAACUGUCCAGCAGCUUGCAAGUGGGGAUCCGGCAGCAGAACCAGCAGCUCCUCCUGACUCCAGCCAGCCUUCAGCUUGCUCAGCUACAGGCUCAGCUCACCCUCCAUCGCCUUAAGCUGGCUCAGGGAAGCAGUACAGCCACCGCAGCCACUGUUCUCAAUCAGGUUCUUUCCAAUGUUGCCAUGGCCCAGCCCCUCUUCAAUCAACUGCGGAACCCCCAAGGAGGCUUCACUACAGGGAUGCUUUGUUUUCCGACUACAACUUCAGCCUUGGGGGCAGGAGGAUUCAAACAGAACCCAGGGAACAUGACGGCAAACCAUCAUGGUGGAGGGAAUACAGUGGGGCAACAGGGUGCGGACUUUGGUAAAAAGUCCGGGCCUACGUACCCAUCUGAUAUCGACAGGCGUCUUCAGUACAACUUGGGAACAUCUGCGGUAUCAGCCACAGCUGCUGAUGGACAUUAUUCCAUUGUCAGCACUCAAGCAAAACAACUAAACAAUGUUGAGUUCAAACGGGACUUCUAUAGGCAGGAUGUCUCUAGCCAAAAAGCUGGAUUCAAUAUUGGUGAUCAGAACAUGAAUCUAUAUAACUGCACUGGACGGACAGAGCAAUGGAACGGCCCAACUAACGUGAGUCACAAUGUGAAUGCGCCGCUGGCCUCAGAUCUUGCCACUGUUUGGACAGCACCAGAGCAAGCAGUGCGGCCCAGAAACGAACUGUAUAAUCCCGAGGAGCCCACUUCUGACCAAAAAUUCAAGCACAAAAGCGGAGGUUCGUCUUUUGUCGCUGACAGCAUACAGGGCUUUGGGAGUUACCGGCACCUUCUUGGAAAUGAGGAAACCCUGUGUUCAGGUAGCAGGACGCUGCAACCUUACCAAGUGAAUGACUACAACGCUGUCACACCCACUCUCCUGCCACACCAGUGCAGCAUCUGUGACAAGAAAGUCUACAAUCUCAAGGACUGGGAGCAGCACGUAAAGGGAAAACUACACUUGCAGAACAUAAUGUCAUACAAUAACCAAGGCUCGGCACUGAUAUCAGUCGGAGGUCCUCACUACACGCUGAGAAGACCCUCUGACGCUCUCAACGGUGGGGACUCGGUGAGCUUCAAUGCUGCAGGUCAAGAUGUUUCCUCAGGAGUGAACGCCUCAUACGUGCCAGCUGCGGCCAUGAAGAAUUACUCUUUACCCAACGCGGGAUUUACUUCACUCCAGCCAGAGUCCAAGCCGUUUCCCCCGAGAAAGGCCACCACGGGGCGUGUUGUUCACAUCUGCAACCUCCCUGAAGGCAGUUGCACUGAGAAUGAUGUCAUCAAUCUGGGACUGCCCUUUGGGAAAGUCACCAAUUACAUCCUAAUGCGCUCCACCCAUCAGGCCUUUCUGGAGAUGGCCUAUAUAGAAGCUGCUCAAGCCAUGGUUCAGUAUUACCAACUGACUCCAGCCAUGAUAAACAAUCAGAAACUUCUGAUUCGAAUGUCUAAAAGAUACCAGGAGCUCCAACUAAAGAAACCGGGUAAAGACGUUCAGGCAAUCAUCCAAGAUAUUGCUUCUCAUUGGGAAAGAGACGUAAUGCAAGAACUUGAGCACUCCAUCCCAGACAGAGCUCGUUCCCGCAGCCCACUCAGAAGCUCCCUGAGUCCUCACUCACACAGUCCGAGUUUCACAUCAUGCAGCUCAGCCCACAGCCCCCAAGCGCCACCGUGCAGAGCUCAGGAGAGAGGCAGCAAUGGCCUGGGCCCACGCCAAGGUUCUUGGGACUGGUCUUCACACUAUAGACGAGGUGAGGAAGACAAGGAGAGGGAUGACCUCUCCAGGCGGAACGGCUACAGCACUGAUGGCGAUCGUCUUAACGAGCGUCCGUCUGACCGCCCCAACGAUCGGCUAUCCGACCGGCGGAAAGCCUACGGGAAACCCUCAGAUUACGCCAUCUCCAGGUCUGCAGAUGAGCGAGGAGAUAAAGGGAUUACUGGAAACAGAGACUUCCCCCGAGGCAGCCCUCAAAGCAAGUCCUUCAACUCCUACCGCAGCAUGGAGGAAGGUUUCUACAUGAAGUCGGACAAGGUGAGCAGAUCUCCAUACCAGAGACACGAUAGCAAGUCAAAAAGGAAGAAUGGCAGCGACUACAGCAGGCACUCGAGGUAUCUGGAGAGCGAGAAGACUGAUGAGUCACUUCGCAGAACUCCAGAAGAUAAGAACCUGCAUUCACCCAGCAGGGGAAGGAAUAGGAAGCCAAGCAAGAGGUGCACCAGUCUAGAGAAACAUGACAGUGGCACUACAAAUACUGAAGGCCAAUCUAAAGAUCAUGUCUCACCUCAGAGGGGCGACAAGCCUAAAGAUGCUGCUGAAUGUUUGAAACAUAAGGACACUGAGAAGGAGUUGGAAAGUGGAGAAAACACUGACGAUGAGUGCUGUUAUCCCAAGAACAUGGAGGAAUUUCUUACAGUUGAUGAAGUGGGAGAAGACGAUUCCAUUAUCGAGCCGGACCUUCCUGAGCUGGAAGAGGAUGCGACUUGUCCUGAAGAAUCUGUAGAGGAGCAAACGCAGACUGUGGUGGAGACUGUGCUGUCACCUGCCCCCACUUUGGAGGAGCAGGAGACAUCUAUUCACAAACCCGUCCAGAAUCAGACAUGUGAGCGUGCCGAAGUCCCAGUGGAAACUUCCGGAACUGAGAAAACAGUCUUAAUUCAGACGAGCGUGGAAGAACCAUUAAAGAGUCCUGUGACCUCCAAGACACCAAUCACAUACCCGAGUGACUUUUCUAAAGAGGAGUCUAAGGCAGCGCCCGAGGAGACAAGUACAGAAGACAAAGUUACAGACACUAGACCCUUAGAAGAAAAGCCAGUAAGGGAUCACAUUCAAAUGUCAAGGGACAGCAAGGUCCAGGACCUUGUACAGGUUACAGAGGCGUCCUCCAAUGUGACUCAACACAAGGACAGCAUUCUUAAAAAAGAUAUUGAAACACCGUCAUCAUCAAUUGAGCAGGAGAAGGUUGUCAUUGAGCACAUCAUCCCGUUAGGAGUGGAGUUCAUUGAGCCAAGGACUGGUUUCUACUGUAAACUUUGUGAGCUAUUCUACACCAGUGAGGAGACCGCAAAGUUGAGUCACUGUCGCAGCACUGUGCACUACAGGAAUCUACAGAAAUAUUUGUCCCAACUGGCAGAAGAGAGCUUGAACCUUGGUGAAUUUUCAACUCGACAGUGACAUCUUGUCCUCACAGCAAGUGGAACGAUGCACAAGUGGAAUUCAUGGUGCCCUAAAAAUAUAGGCACUUGCACUUGUUUUUUGGCAACUGGAAUAGUUGUUGGAUAUCUGGAAUGGUCAAUUUUGUACAUACUAUGUACUGUAAUGUAUAGUUAGGAUAUUUAUUAGUUUUAUUGUUGUACUUGUGAAGCUAUUUGUUAUUGA